AUGAAGGCUUCAGUCACCAGCCUCGCACUGGCGUGUGGCCUAGUCAUUGCUGCUCCAGCUGACACCCAGAGCAAAUGGGCCGGCACCCAGAUGGACCUCGAGAACAAGCUGCCAUGGGACACGCCCUACUCGUGUCAGCGCCUUGGUAACAGCGAUGGGUUUCCUGUGGAAUGCCGCAUCCAGGAAAACGGCAACUCUCCUGGUCCUAGCGAACAGACCCUCACCUGGGCCUGUGGAGGAGAACACGGGUGCGACUACUGCCAACAGAAGCCUGGAUCGGAGACUACUUUUAUGUGCAACGACUCGCCCGAGCUAGCGACGUACCGAAAGACGAUGCCAGAUGAAUGCUUCCAGCAGGACGGCGUCGUUGCGAAUUGCAAGCAGGUGUACGACGACUGCCUCGCACAAAAGAUGAAGGAGGACAAGCCGGACGAAAUAGAGCAGUGCAUCAAGAGCACGUUCGAGGAGGGCGACAAACCACUGUUCCCGGGCGAAGGGAAGCGCCCGAGCGCUCACUACAGCCGGCCCGGUCAAACGAGUCAAGCGAGUCAGGCGCCAUGGCAGAAGUGCCUGGCCAAUGCAAAGGAUCAGGCUGCCAAAGCGAAGUGCUUCAUCGACAGGGAGAACGAGUUUUGUGGUGGCUUGGAGUCGGACAAGACUGGCUGCUCCAACGCCAUCAGGUCGUGCCAUUACGACCUGUACAGGAAGACCGGCAGCACGAAGAAGCCGGCCGAAGAUGGACAGAAACAAUGGGACAACAUCGUUGCCUGCGCAAAGGACCGCCUCGCUCAGACCCCUAGUGCGGCUGAGCCCCCUGAAGAUAAGCCAAAGACUCCAGCAGCCGCGCCCGUCGACUGCCACAAAAGUGGCCGCGUGGCGAUGACCCGGUGCAGUGAAAAAUUCGGCUUCGCAGCUUGCGAGCCAAAGAUCACUGCUAAAGUCAAGGAAUGCCUCGAGUCCCAGCAGUAA